AUGAUGUCGUUAGCUACUGGACAUAGAUGUAUAAUAAUAUGGAUGAUGACGAUUAUUGUUUUAGCUUGUUUAGUUUUACAUUUGGACAGUGGUCCAGAGAAACAUCCUCCAGUGCUUUUGUUUUCUGUAUUAGCUGCUACUGAUCUAGUGAUAUUCACUUCCUUCUUUCUUACGGUUUAUAAAGCUGUUGAAGAGAGGACAGAUGAGCGAAUAUACUACAACCUUAGGAUAUUCCUACGACUGAACUACGAUUUGUUCGGACAAUUCCUUUGUGUUUGUCUUAAAGUCCUAUUCGAAACUCUGCUUUGUCUGAGGUUGUGUUUCCAAGUAGCAGUACCUCUAUGGCUCAUACUUUCGCCACUGUGGAUGUUCCUAACUAUCAUUGUUGCUACCUUAUCUGUACGGGUCUACUUAGUUCACACAUAA